AGAAGUAUUUUUUUGGGAUCAGUGUCUAUAGGAAGAAGACAGGCAAAGUGACCUCACUCUUCAUCCCUUCCUAUCUUAAGACUAAAAGUGGGGGCCAUGCAUGGAAGGAACAUAACUUUGCCUAUCCCUGCUGAUCAGGACUUCAAGAGCUCACAUUUGCAACUAGGAGAAGAGCAAUUAGAGUAACUAAACUUUUCCCAAGAUGUCCAGCCAGCAAACCCAGCAGAAGUGUCAGCUCCCUGCCAAGUGUCUUCCACCGAAGUGCCUCGCUCAGACCCCUCAGGCCCCACAGGCCCUGGCUCCCUGCCCAGCUCCCUGCCCCCCACCUGUCCCCUCCUGCUGUGUUCACAGUUGCUGUACCACUGGCUUCGGAAGCUGCUGCUCUCUGGGGUCUCAUCGGUUUCCGGAUGUCUGUCUAGGCCCACUUCAGCCUUCCAACUGCUGGGAGAGGGAGUCCUCUGGGUGUUCCAGUUGUUGCCAUGGAUUUGGGGGCUGCAGCUUUUGAUGAGCUUUGGUUCAUCCAUAGCCAAGGCUGAGCCUGGAGUUCACGACAUUCCUCACUCGCACCUUGUUCUCAUUCUCCUCCUGAACUAAGAUGCCUAGAUGUAUACUUAAAGAAUUCCUCUUUUUGCUAAAAACUUCAGACCUCUUGGCCUUGGCUCUUUCCUACAUCAAUACCUGAAUGCUACAAAAAAACUCUGCUUCCCACAGCGUUAUCAACAUGUAAAAAUAAAGCCUAUCUUUCCUGGCA